AUGGACUCUCUCCUCGCCAGCUACGCCUCUUCCGACGAAGACGCCGACGAGGCCCCACCUGCUCCUGCUCCUGCCCCUUCCCCGCCCCCCCCCCGCCGCCGCCUCCGGUGGCGGCGCAGGCGGACUCUUCUCCUCGCUCCCGCAACCCAAGUCCGCCCCCGCCCCGCUCUUCUCCUCCUCCCGGCGCCCAAAUCCACCCCAGCGCCGCUCUUCUCUCUCUCUCGGCUCCCAAAUCCUCCCCCCCCCCGCCCCGCCCCUACCCCCAUCCCCACCUUCUCCUCCAUCCCGGCGCCCAAGUCUUCCGGAGGAAACCCUAAGCGCGUCGUCCAGUACCGCCCGCAGCCGAUCCGGCAGCCCACAGGCGACAGCUCCGACGAGGACGAGGACGACGCCAAGAAGCGCCGCGCCAGCAACAACGAGGCGCGCUUACCACCCGUGUCGGCUGGCUCGGGGCCCGUGUCCUCGUUCCUCCCGCCGCCGAAGCACUCGCUCGGGCUCGUCGCCGGCUCUGGCGCCGGAGCCAGGAGGUCGGCAAUCGAUACGGCUGCGCCGGAGAAGCCAAAUCUCGGCGCUGCCGUACCUUCAAGCUCGGUUGCCAACACAGGAGCCCCGGAAAGGCCCGACAGUGACGCGUCUGAUGACGACGAUUCGGACAAUAGCGGCAAUGAGGAGGACAUGCCUGCUCCAGAGCUGGAGGAGGAACACCAAGAGCAGCAAAGUUUUAGUGCUGCAGCUGCAGAGCAGCAGCAAGGCCAUGAUGCUGGAGCUGGGAGCACUAGUGGAUAUGAAACCUAUGCAUGGGAUCCAAACUACUAUGCCCAAUACGGUGCGAACUAUGGCUGGGAUCCUAGCGCCAGUGCAAAUUAUGCGGAUGGAACACAUUAUUCCGCUGGCGCCAGUGCAAAUUAUGCAGAUGGAACACAUUAUGCAGCAUAUGGAGGAGGGCAAAGUGGAGGGUAUGCUAGUUCGCAAGGAGGGGAGCAUGGCAGCGGAUACGACCAUGUUGUGGCAGUGCCAUAUGGAGUAGAUUAUACUGGAGGGUAUGGUCAUGAGGUAGCAUCAACCACGUUGCCACCGGUGCAAGAACCAGUACUGCCACCAGAGAUGGGUAGGAUUGGAGGGAAGAGAGGUAGGAAUGAUAUGCCGGCCCAGAUUUUAGAGGUAAAUCAAGCAGAGCUGAUGAAGAACAGACCAAAGCAGGAUAAGUCCAAGCUCACAGGGUUGGCCUUUGGUCCUAGUUAUCAGCCUGCCCCUUCCGCGAAAGGAAAGCCAUCCAAGUUGCAUAAAAGGAAACACCAGAUCAGUUCUCUGUACUUCGACAUGAAGUCAAAGGAGAUGGAGCUUGCGGAGAGGCGUUCUAAAGGCAUUCUCACGAAAGCAGAAACUCAAGCAAAAUAUGGCUGGUGA